AUGUCAUUGCCCACGCCAUACAUAGCUCAUCUUACAGAAGAUGAUUACGAGCAUGUAUAUGAGCCUGCAGAAGAUUCAUUCAUCCUUCUCGAUGCGUUAGAGCUCGAUGCGGAUUUAUUGACAAGCAAGAAGCCUACAAUAUGUGUGGAGAUAGGUUCAGGAUCCGGGAUCGCUUCUACAUUUUUAUCUAAUCUCUUGGGAACAGAUAACAGCUUGAUCAUUUCCACCGACAUAAACGUCCAUGCUUGUCAAGCUACUAUAAGGACAGGUGAAGCCAAUAACACUACGCUGAAUCCGAUACUAUGUAAUUUAUUAUCACCCAUUCAGAAUCGAUUAGAACGUCAAAUCGAUAUAUUGUUAUUUAAUCCACCAUAUGUACCUACAGAUUUGGAUGAAUUGAUCCAAACUCAAAUUGGAAAAGAUAUAGGAGGUUCAUGGGCAGGUGGAAAUGAUGGAAUGAUAGUAACGAAUAUCGUCUUAGACCGACUACCCGACUUGCUAUCAACCAAUGGAAUAAUGUAUUUGGUCACUGUUAUACAGAAUAAACCAUUGCAAAUUAUCAAGAAUAUGGAAUCAAAAGGUCUGAUAUGUAAAGAAAUCAUCAAACGGAGAGCAGGUCGUGAAUUGUUAUCCGUUCUUCGAAUAUCUCGAAACACGAUAUGA